AUGGCGACCAUCACCCUGGAGGAGAUCCGCAACGAGAACGUCGACCUGGUGAGCUGGCUGAUUCCUCCCGUCGUCUUCUAUACUCCUGUCAUUGAUUUCUUCUGUCGGCGGUGGGUUGCCGCAGGAGAGGAUCCCGGUCGAGGAGGUCUUCGAGCUGUUUAAGUGCUCGAAGGAAGGCCUCACCAGCGAGGAAGCGAAGCAGCGCCUCCAGACCUUUGGGCCCAACAAGCUUGAGGAGAAAAAGGUAUCCCGGCCGUCGAAGCUUGACCCGGACGUCCCGCCGAGUCUCUGUCUUCAUGACUUCAGAUGAAUCCCGAAGCAUUAAUCUUUAAUGAUGGUUGUCUUUUCCCUAGAUCUCGACGAAAAAUCCUAACCCUAACAGUAACCCUUCUCUCCCAAGUGUAGAUCUGUCGCAGGCUCUCUCUGAACCUUUAUUCUGACGGAGUUCUCUCUGAUAUUCUGUUCUACUCAUCACCAGGAGAGCAAAUUCCUAAAGUUCUUGGGCUUCAUGUGGAAUCCUCUAUCGUGGGUAAUGGAGACCGCCGCCGUAAUGGCUAUCGUCCUCGCCAACGGAGACGUAAUAGAAACCCUAGAUUGUCACUUUCUCCACCGGUUUUGUCGCAGAGGCUCCUAGUUUCUUAUCUGCUCUCUACUUGGCGCAGGGCAAGCCCCCAGACUGGCCAGACUUCCUCGGCAUCAUCAUUCUUCUCCUGAUCAACUCCACCGUCAGCUUCGUCGAGGAGAACAACGCCGGCAACGCGGCGGCGUCUCUCAUGGCUGGGCUUGCCCCCAAGACGAAGGUUCUCCGGGAUGGACGGUGGUCGGAGCAGGAGGCGGCGAUCCUCGUCCCUGGAGACAUCAUCUCCGUUAAGCUGGGCGACAUCGUGCCCGCCGACGCCCGACUCCUCGAGGGCGACCCCCUGAAGAUCGACCAGUCGGCCCUCACCGGCGAGUCGCUCCCCGUGACGAAGAAACCUGGCGAUGAGAUCUUCUCUGGGUCGACCUGCAAGCAAGGGGAGAUCGAGGCCGUCGUCAUCGCCACCGGCGUCCACACCUUCUUCGGCAAGGCGGCGCACCUUGUCGACAACACCAACAACGUGGGCCACUUUCAGAAGGUGUUGACGGCGAUCGGCAACUUCUGCAUCUGCUCCAUCGCCGUUGGGAUGCUGGUGGAGAUCAUCGUCAUGUACCCCAUCCAGCGCCGCCCUUACAGGGAAGGCAUAGACAACCUUCUCGUUCUACUUAUCGGCGGCAUCCCCAUCGCCUUGCCGACGGUGCUCUCAGUCACCAUGGCCAUUGGCUCCCACCACCUCUCUAACCACGGUGCCAUCACGAAGAGGAUGACGGCCAUCGAGGAGCUGGCCGGUAUGGACGUCCUCUGCAGCGAUAAGACCGGCACCCUCACCCUUAACAAGCUCACCGUCGACAAGGCCAUGAUCGAGGUCUUCCCCAGAGAUCUGGACCGGGACGCGGCCGUCCUCCUCGCCGCCAGGGCCUCCCGACUCGAGAACCAGGACGCCAUCGACGCCUCCAUCGUCAACAUGCUCGCCGAUCCAAAGGAGGUAACGCAACUCGCCCGCAGUUUGAACCUUGCCGGAGUAGAUAGAGUAGCUAGCUACUAAUAAUUAAUCCUCGCUGCUAUUCGAUGCAGGCGAGGGCGGGAAUCCAGGAGCUGCACUUCCUCCCGUUCAAUCCGGUGGAGAAGCGGACGGCGAUCACCUACGUCGACGCCGUUGACGGCAGCUGGCACCGGGCCAGCAAGGGAGCGCCUGAGCAGAUCAUCGACCUAUGCAACCUCCGCGGCGGGGCGAGAGCCAGGGCGCACGCCAUCAUUGCCAAGUUCGCUGAGAGAGGGCUGAGGUCCCUGGCGGUGGCGAGGCAGACGGUCCCGGAGAAGAGCAAAGAGAGCGCCGGCGGACCCUGGGACUUCGUCGGGAUCCUCCCACUCUUCGACCCGCCGCGCCACGACAGCGCUGAGACCAUUCGCCGAGCCCUCAACUUGGGAGUCAACGUGAAGAUGAUCACUGGCGACCAGCUGGCCAUUGCCAAGGAGACUGGACGCCGCCUCGGCAUGGGCACGAACAUGUACCCCUCCUCCUCACUUCUAGGUGGCGAUGAUAGGGACGAGUCAAUCGCCGCCAUCCCCGUCGACGAGCUCAUUGAGAAGGCCGACGGUUUCGCCGGGGUCUUUCCGGAGCACAAGUAUAACAUCGUGAAGAAGCUCCAGGAGAGGAAGCACAUCUGCGGCAUGACCGGCGACGGGGUCAACGACGCGCCUGCCCUGAAGGCGGCGGACAUUGGCAUCGCCGUCGCCGACGCAACCGACGCUGCCAGGAGCGCCUCCGACAUCGUGUUGACGGAGCCGGGGCUGAGCGUGAUCAUCAGCGCAGUGCUGACCAGCCGGGCAAUAUUCCAGAGGAUGAAGAACUACACCAUCUACGCCGUUUCUAUCACCAUCCGUAUCGUCCUCGGCUUCCUCCUCCUCGCCCUGGUAUGGGAGUUCGAUUUCUCCCCCUUCAUGGUCCUGGUCAUCGCCGUGCUCAACGACGGUACCAUCAUGACCAUCUCCAAGGACAUCGUCCGACCGUCGCCGGCGCCGGACUCGUGGAAGCUCUGGGAGAUCUUCGUCACCGGCGUCCUCCUCGGAACCUACCUUGCCCUCAUGACCGUCAUCUUCUUCUGGGCUGCCAACGACACGGACUUCUUCACCGUGAGUGCAGUCGCCGCCGCCGUCCCUCUCACUAUUUCCUCGAUCUUUUUUCCUCCGUUGAUCGAUUGGCUUGCAGGAGAUCUUCCAUUUAAGGCCGAUAAGGGGCAACCACAAGCGGCUCAACGCGGCUCUGUACCUCCAAGUGAGCAUCAUAAGCCAGGCCCUCAUCUUCGUCACUAGGUCACAGAGCUGGUCCUACUCCGAGCGCCCGGGCCUCCUUCUCGCUUCCGCCUUCAUUUUCGCUCAAAUCGUUAUCUCUCUCUCUCUCUCUCUCUCUCUCUCUCUCUCUCUCUCUCUCUCUCUCUCUCUCUCUCUCGCUCUCUCUCUCUCUCUCUCUCCCCCUCUCUCUCUCUGACCUCACUCUGUCUCGCACUGGCUGGGUUCACUAUAACACGGCUGCGGGGGCAGGUGGCGACGUGCAUAACGGCGAAGAUCGACAUGGAUUUCGCGAGGUUUCACUCAAUCGGAUGGAAGUGGACGAUGGCGAUUUGGCUCUACAGCGUCCUCACCUACAUUCCACUCGACUUUCUAAAGUUCGCCAUCCGCUACGCCCUCAGCGGCAAGGCCUGGCACCAGAUGCUCCACAACAGGGUCUCUCUCUCUCUCACUCUCUCCCUCCUCUUCCUUUAUCUGGAGAUUAACACCCUUGCCUUUUUCCACCCCGGCAGAUCGCCUUCUCGACAAAGAAGGACUGCGGGAGGGAGGAGAGGGAGGCACAGUGGGCCGUGAUCCAGAGGACAAUCCACGGCCUCCACCCGCCAGAGUCCUCGUCCGGCGACCAGAACAGCCACCGGGAGCUCUCCGAGAUCGCCGACCAGGCCAAGCGCCGCGCCGAGGUGGCCAGGUGACUCCGCCCCUCAGAACCAUUCCCCUUAAUCCCCGUUCCCCCGCUCUCUCAUAACUAAUCGUCCCACGUUAGAGAGGCAUGACCUUAAAUCCCAUACACGCAUGCAGAAAUCCGUUCUAGUUUUGGUAGAAAUCAAAUUCCCGUGAUCAAAAUGCUCCCAUAUUAUCCUAGAUAGCUCCACUUUAGCCCGACACUUACAUGCUCAAGGUUACGCUGGUCUCCCCGUUCUGCAUGCAGGCUGAGGGAGCGUCAUACGCUGAAGGGGCACAUCGAGUGCGUCGUGAAGCUGAAGGGGCUCGACAUUGACACCAUGCAGCAUCACUACACCGUGUGA